AAGGUAUUCCCCACAUUCUCAACUGAAGAUUAUGAUAGAAGAAAUGAAGAUAUAGAUCCAGUAGCUGCUUCAGCCGAGUAUGAGUUAGAGAAACGUGUUGAGAAGAUGGAUGUUUUCCCAGUUGAUUUAAAUAAAGGUCCAGAAGGUUUAGGGUUGAGUAUUAUUGGAAUGGGUGUGGGAGCAGAUGCUGGUCUAGAAAAACUUGGUAUAUUUAUUAAAACAUUAACUGAAGGUGGUGCUGCUCAAAAAGAUGGCAGGAUUGCUGUUAAUGAUCAGAUUAUAGAGGUUGAUGGGAAAAGUUUAGUUGGUGUAACUCAAGCUUAUGCUGCCUCAGUUCUACGUAAUACCAAUGGUACUGUCAAGUUUCUGGUUGGGAGGGAACCUGAUCCAAGUAAAAGUGAAGUAGCCAAGUUAAUUCAGCAGUCAUUAGAACAGGACCGCAGGCGAGAAGAAGUGAAGCAGGAAGAAGAAGAGGAUAUGGCAGCUGGUGAUGCGACUCCCAUGUCAGCACCGUCUAUGGAUACUGAUAGUGUUAGUUCACCAGAAGAAAUGGGAGAAAAACCAACAGUUGAAGUGUUUGAUCUACCUGAAUCCAGCAGUGAAGAUACCUCUCCUGACAUGGAUCCUCAGGCUCUAUUUGUCAAAUUAAAAGAGGCCCAGUAUAAAAAUGCAGUGGCUGAGGCAGAAUUAGCUAAAUUAAAGGCCAAAAUAAUUUUAUUAGAGAAUGUGGAAGUCCAGAAAAAACAACUGGAUAGAAAAGUAGACGAGCAGAGUUUACGUAUUCGAGAAUUAGAGAAAUCCAUGGAAAAUAAAGACUCUCAGGGACAAUAUAUAGGUCUAGAAAAACAGAUGAAAAAUGACUGUGUUUCAUUAGAGAAAAAAUACCAUAAAGCUAAAAAACUCAUCAAAGAAUUUCAGCAAAGGUAA